AUGUUAGUUGACGGACUUAAAACUGAAACAUGGCAAUCAACGAGAGGCUACGAGAAGGUCAAACCUUAUCACAUCCCAUCGAUUCCCAUAAUACACGAUCGCUGGAUUCCUUCUUACGUGCCCGAGGAUAUGCUCACGGCACACUUGACUUUUCCGAAUUUGGUGACAGGCUACAAUCAGAUUCCCUUUCGCGCGGCCGGCGAACAUUUUACAUGCGACCAGUGGAACGAGAAUCGCGAGAGGAUUGAAAAGAACGUCCAACUGUGCUUGGCAAACAUAAAGCCGAUCAAGGAGAAACUCGAGGAUCUCGUUAGACAGAAGAAGAAGCAAUUAGAAGAUAGCUUGGAAAAGACCAUCGAGGUUGGCGAAGUGAAUUCGAAAAUCGGCGAGUUAUCGUCUAUACUUGAAAAAACGAUAAUCGCGUGCAGCAAAAUGCAAGAGUGCAAGCGUCAAUUAGAAGCUUUCGCGCGAAGUAUCGAGGCUCCGUUGCAAAUAUCUCAAGAGUGCCUCUAUCAUCGAGAACGCAAAGAUAAAAGUGAACUUAUCGACGACCGAGUUGAAAAGCUGCUUGUGGAAGAAACUCAAAUCUUUUGUCAGAGUAUUAAGCAGACGAAGAGGUGCCUGCAGUGUUGCGAAGACAAAUUAGUCGAAGGCCGAAGAUAUCAAUAUGAUUUGGAAAAUUGCAUACAGAAAGCUCAGUGGGCCGUUAUGGUGGAUAGGUCGAAAGAAGCUGUCGAUCGACUAUUAGAAUCAAAUGUGUGGAUGAAAGAAGCCGACAGUCUUAAGAAUAAAUCUUGCUUGAUAUUUGCUCGUAUGGAUCACAAUCGAAACGAAGCUGAUAAAAAUAUCGAAGAGAUAAAAGAACGUGUGUUGAAAAUUUGGAACGAAACGAAUGACGCGUUUGUUAAAAGGUGUGACGAAAUUAGAAACGCGAAGAGUGAAAUUGAAUGCUCGAUGAAGAAGAUAAAGGAUGAAAUAAUCGACCUUCAAAAGUGUAUGAAGUAUCUGCAAGGCAGUAAAGAUAAACAGAUUUGCGACGAAUUGGAGCGAGGCAAAGGCAAACUGGAAUUUCUAUUAGGAAUCAAACGCAUGCUCGACACCCAACUGUCCGCUGAAAUGAAGUCGCUGUUCAUUGAUACUCAUGCUUGUAUGUCCAUGAGAAAAUCAUUUCCAAUUUCAAUAAUAACAGAUUUCAAUUGA